GUGAGCGUUGGUUCAACAUACGUCAGAAGAUCAAUCCCAUUUUGAUGAAGGUGCAAAAUGUGCGUGAGGCAUUGCCGGAACUCGACUGUAUUGCAAUGGAAUUGAUAGAUAAAGUCGACUCCGUACGCAAUCCUGCAACCGGCAUGCUGAACACUGACUUUUUCAAUGAGCUGCGCAUGUGGUCUUUUGAGUCCAUUUGCUAUGUGGCGCUGAAUUCACGUCUCCACCUCAUCACCGGUGAGGUUGACGCAGACGCAGUGCGUAUGUCAAACAUUAUGGUGGAGUUUUUGAAAGCCACCUAUGAGCAUGAUAUUGUGCCAUCGAUAUGGCGUUACUAUCAAACGCGUAGUUUUAAGCGUCUAAUGAACUUACACGAUCAGCUCACCGAGAUUACAAGGAAAUUUGUGGAUGCGGCGCUGGAGCGAAUCGAAAAGGAGAAUAAUAAGGAGGCGAGUUGUGUUUUCGAAAAGUUGCUGCGUGUGGAUAAAAAUAUUGCGGUUGUGAUGGCGAUUGAUAUGCUCUUUAGCGGUUUGGAUACAACUUCUUCUACGGUAGUAACAGCACUCUAUUACCUUGCGAAAAAUCAAGAUAAGCAGGACGUUCUACGCGAGGAGCUCCGUACGAUACUACCGCACCCAAAAUCACCACUCAACGUCCAAAAUAUAAAAAAUCUUCCCUACCUACGUGCCUGCAUCAAGGAGUCAAUGCGCAUUACACCCAUUGUUUCGGGCACACUGCGUCAGACAGGUCGCGAUCUAGUGCUAUCCGGUUAUAAGGUACCCAAAGGCACUGGCGUCCACAUGCGCAACAUGGAACUGUGCAAUACGGAGGCAUUCUUUCCGCGUUGCAAUGAAUAUUUGCCCGAACGCUGGCUGAAGUUGCCGAAAAAUGUGCCCUCUGCAGUGGAGGAGACAAAAUCUCAGAAUCCUUUUGUCUACUUACCGUUCGGUUUUGGGCCUCGCACGUGCAUUGGUAAGCGCUUAGCUGAUUUGGAAAUGGAAGUUUUGUUGGCACGAUUGCUGCGUAAAUAUAAGAUCUCUUGGACGGAUGAGCAGAGAGGUCUGCAAUAUAAGAGCCUUUUAAUGUUAGCGCCUUGUGGUGAAAUGAAAUUUAAAUUCGAAGAAGUUGAGUAG